AUGGACAUGCAGCAUGAGUGGCAGGCGGACUCCAGUGACCCCAUGGAGAAGAUGUACGCCGCUCAUGGGACUGGGAGCGGGGGAACGAAAACGACGGAGGAGUAUACACGGUAUCGUCUUCAGGAAACGUUGACCCUCAUGGGAUGUCGCCGGAACGAUGCGAUCACAGUGACGGGUCUCGUGUUUGCACAUUAUCAUGCGCAUGUGGAGGCUUCUGCGGUGACGGCACUUCCGUGGACGUUUCAGACCCUCCAGCAGUGUGUGUACGCUGAAUUGGCCAAACUCGAGUACACCAAGCCGACGCACUUGUUGGAUUUCGACCUGGCCAAGGAGAUCACCCAGCGCAACACGUCGUUCGUCGUAUUGUUGGGCGGGACGUCCGGGACCGGCAAGUCCACGCUCGCGUCUCUCUUGGCGUCUCGUCUUCGUCUCACCACCGUGCUGCCGACCGAUUCGGUACGACACAUCUCUCGCGCGUUCAUGACCAAGGAACAACACCCGUGCGCUUUCACGUCCACGUACCAAGCAGGGGACGCGCUCACCCCCGCACAAGUCGACGAACUCGCGACCAUCGCCACCGGCGACAUGAACACUAUCAUGUCGGACAAGCGCCUGCAUAAGCGCAAGGUGCUCAAGGGGUACACCCUCCAGAGCGACGCCGUCCUCGAGAAGCUCGACUUGGUGCUCACCAUGUUUGAAAAGCGCAAGCAAAGCCUAGUGGUUGAAGGCGUGCACUUGAACACGGAGCAAAUGGCCGAGCUUGUGCGUCGGCAUCCGAAUUGCAUUCCGUUUGUGAUUUACAUCUCCAACGAAACCAAACAUCGCGAGCGGUUUGCCGUGCGCGCCAAGCACAUGACGGUGGACCCCCAAGAGAACAAAUAUAUCAAAUAUUUCGAUAAUAUUCGCAUUAUCCAGCGCCAUUUGUGCAAAAAUGCCGAUAAAUUCCUUAUCCCCAAGGUGGACAACACCAACGUCGACCGAUCCCUUGUCACGAUCCAGACUACGCUCAUUCGAGCGCUGCGCAAGCAAAUGCGAGGCGAAAGCAUGGUGGACGGCGCAACGGGCAAAUUCGUGCUCUUGUCAAGAGAGCAUGAAAAUGCAAUCAAGAAGGCCUGGUCUAGCAAAGGGGUGCGCAAGGCAAUGCGGCCAUUGAUCAAACAGCGCGUGUCCAAGCGACUGCUAUUACGUCGAUUGCUCGCCGAACAAACCAUGUCGGACCAGUGUCCCUUGCAUGAUGACAGUUCGUCGAGCGAUGAAGACAAGGCGGACGAUGUUCGAGACGGGGGAUGGCAUGGCGUGGAGGAAGAGGACGAGCAGACGACUGUCGUGGGCAGUCUCUUGAGUCUACGGGACAAAACGCAACCAACCACGGACGACGACAAUUCGGAGCAACUGUCAACGGCGAUCCAGCGGGUGGCGCUGUGGCGGGCGAGUCUGCCAAGUCCAUUUGAAGAGUUGCCUGCGCCGCACUUUCUAGACGGGACCAACCCGGACGUGACGUUUGAAAGCACCGUGGCCGAGAUGAAAUUGCGCUGGCGUCGGAAUGAACGCUCACGGUCGUGGCUUGCUCCGGCGUCGCCCACGUCUCCGUUUGCCAAAGGUUCGAUGAGUGUUGUGUACGAUGCAUCGACGCGGGCGACGUUGGCCAAUCGAAAGGCGACACGGCUCCGUCCGUCGUCGUCGUCCCCGAAGAAACAGCACGCGAUGCGGCGCCAGACGGCUAUAGACAGCACAUCCUUCCACCCGCCGUCGUCGCCCCGUCGUCCAUCCCUCCAUCGCGCCAUGACCAUGGGACUGGUGUCAUCGCCGCCGCCUUCCGUGGACUUCGACAGCGUGUCGGUAGCUGCUGAUGCGAUCGACGACGACGACGACAUGGAGGACAUGCUGUCGGACCAAGGUAUGAAUAUAUAAAGCCAUGACACAAACAGCUAGGUGUAUAUAUAUAUAUAUAAGUAGGUGCAUCAUCGCCGUUGGCAUCAUCGCCUUUGGAACGCAGCGUGGACGGCGAGUGUCGGUUUGAAUUGAGUUCGGAAAGCGGAUUGGACGACGACGACGACGACGUGGAUGACGAUGUGACGGCGUAAUGUGUGACACUGGUUGCAUCCCCAGGAUAGAUAUAAUACUACUAUUCGAUGACAACUUGUACCA